CUAGUGCUCUGUGGAGGUAUUACUUUAAAUCAGCCUCGACACCUCGUUACUGCUAAGGGACUUAAUUAACUUCAUUCAACCUUGCGAUGCAGAGGAUGCAUCGCCAACAGCAUUUUACCUUUCCGAAUCAUAUUUUAAUAUUGAAACCUGAAAACUUAAUUGGAUAAGGUAGUCUACCUAUACCGCGCUCUCUUCCCUUCCAUUCGCCCCCGCGGGAAUACCGCGUUUCUGUCCUGUUUCAAAAACCAAAAGUCAUCAUCAUGACUUUCCUCAAACAGGUCGGGACCCUUAUGGGCAAGAAUUUUCGCAUUCUUUUAAUGCGCCAUCUUGCACUAUGUAUCUGGAUGGCCUUUAUCUUGCCCAUCUUCUUGGCCGCGCUCUUUAGUUUCACAAAAAACCUCCUUGUUCCUCCAGCAGAAUUUGGUAUCGGCAAACCAACCCCGGUUCUCGACCUCGGCGAUGCCAUUAAGAAAGCAAGCAAUAGCGGACGUGAGAAAUUGGUCCUCGUCAACAACAAUUUCACAGAAGGAAAUAUUGAUCGGGUAUUCAGCACUGUGAAGCAACAAUUUGAAGAUGCUGCCGAGUCUGUAAGCAUCAACUUUAAUGUUGUCUCUAUCAAACGCGAAGACGAUUUGAGGGCAGAAUGCCGUAGCAACUUGAGAGGAGUGUCUAGAUGCUUUGGUGCCAUCGUAAUGGCUUCUUCGCCUGAUGAAGGCCCUGGGGGUAUCUGGAACUACACUAUUCGGGCUGAUGGAGCCUUCGAACUUGCAGCUGCAAAAUUCGAAAUCAGCAAAUCGAACGACCAGCAGAUCUAUAUUAUCCCUCUUCAACACUCCGUCGACAGAGCUAUUUCUCUCGCCAACAGUUCGAGUACCAACAACUUGAAUGGUACCCAAGAAUACCCCUACACCAGCAUGACACCCGAAGAACGUGACCGAGAGAUUCGUAGACGAUUCCAAAAGACUAUCAAGGGCUGGAUGGGUGUUGCGUUUCUGGGAACUGUUGUUUGGGUCACAUAUCAUCUUACUGGGUUCAUUGCCACAGAACGCGAAAGUGGCAUGUCCACAUUGAUCGAUGCGAUGAUGCCAGUGCGAAAACCAUGGCUCGCUAUGGUCGCAAGAAUUAUUGCGCACCACCUUUCGUUCUCUCUCAUCUACUUACCAGCAUGGAUUAUUGGCUCUAUUAUUGUUCGCGGUGGUGUUUUUGCCAAGACUAGCGUUGGCAUUGUCCUCAUUUUCCAUCUUCUCACUGGUCUUGCUUUCUCGUCUAUGUCCAUGUUGUUCGCAUCCUUCUUCCGAAAGGCUCAGCUGAGUGGUAUCACUGCCAUCUUGGCCGUCGCCCUACUCGGAAUUCUCUCGCAAACCCUCACUUCUCCUGGCACUGUCCCGGUUACCGUUCUUUCGAUCUUCUUCACACCUAGCGCCUUCGUGUUCUUUAUCAGCAACAUGGCACGAUUUGAGGAGCUCGAAAUGCGGACUGACUUGUUGAAAGUGGCCCCUAACAGCCCUUCGGCGCUCCCGGGCAUUGCUAUUUGGAUAUUCUUGAUUGUCCAGAUAUUUGCUUAUCCAGUAAUAGGAGCUUUUGUCGAACAUGCUCUGUAUAGCAAUGAAACACCAGGCCGAAAGAUUUUGCUCAACCAGACAGACGUGGACCGGAUUGGGAGUAACGCUGUGCAAUUGCGACAAUUCUCAAAAACCUACAAGCCCAGCAUCUUCUCAAGGAUAUUCCGCCGAGGCCCCAAUAAGAAGCUGCCUGUGCUCGCCGUCAACGGGCUGGACCUCGAUAUUGGCCAGGGGCAAAUUAUCGCACUUUUGGGUGCCAAUGGCAGUGGAAAGAGCACGACGCUCGAUGCUAUUGCAGGCAUGAACAAAUUGACAAGUGGAUCGAUCGAAAUCGACGGCAGAGGUGGUCUUGGUAUCGCUCCCCAGAAGAACGUGCUCUGGGAUGACUUGACUGUGGAAGAGCACAUUAGAAUCUUCAAUCAUCUAAAAGCUCCUAACGCCAAGGCUACCACACAAGCGAUUGAAGAUCUGAUCAGAUCCGUCGACCUCUAUAAGAAGCGAAAGGCUUUUGCAAAGACUCUCUCAGGUGGUCAGAAGCGCAAGCUUCAACUGGGACUCAUGUUGACGGGAGGAAGCGCCGUGUGCUGCGUUGACGAAGUCAGCAGUGGCAUUGACCCGUUGUCGAGACGAAAACUUUGGGACAUCAUUCUGGCUGAACGUGGUAGACGCACGAUGAUUUUGACUACUCACUUUUUGGAUGAGGCCGAUCUACUCGCCGACCACAUCGCCAUCCUUUCCAAGGGAACUCUGCGCGCAGAAGGCUCUUCAGUGGCCUUAAAGGACAACAUGGGCGGUGGUUACCGGGUACAUGUUCCCAAGGACACUGGCAUUCGAGAAACCCCCGACGUUGAUCAAGUUGCCAAGAAGGAUGCCUUCGACCUCAUUACAUACACUGCUCCCACCUCACAACUCGCAGCUGUUGUCAUUAAGAGUCUUGAAGCGGCUGGUAUCACAGAAUAUCGCUUCUCGGGGCCGACUAUCGAGGAUGUUUUCCUACAGGUUGCUGAGGAGAUCAAAGAUGAAGAAGCUUUCCGCAAUGCAAACCACGCCUUGUCUGUCCCGUCAUCCGAAAAAGUCACCUCCAAAGAGAACGCAAGCGAAAAGCCAGGGUUGGCACUUACAAAUGGACAACGAGUCGGAUACGUAAAACAAAGUUUGAUUUUGUUCCGCAAGCGCUUAACGAUUCUGAAGCGGAAUCGAUUUUUGUAUCUGCUUGCCUUUCUUCUUCCAAUCUUCGCCGGUGGAUUGACUGUCCUUUUUAUCAUUGGCGAAAGUACGCCUAGUUGCGUGCCAGGAGAGCAAUCAACCCGAGCUACUUCCAGGGAAAAUGCGUUCACUCAACAAGAAUCCAACAAAUCAGUACUCUUCUUAGCUGGGCCGAGAUCAAAGUUGAGCACUGACAUGUUCAGUCUCAUAAAUCCCAUCUUCGGUGGUGAAGAUGGAAGUGGAAGCACGGGUGGACAAAGUAGCUUCGACAUAACAAACAGCCUUGACUUGGUCGAGACUUUCCAGCAAUUCAAGGACAGGAUCGAGACGGAUCGAAAAAACAUCACCACUGGAGUCUGGCUGGGCGAUGAUGAGCAAGGUCCUACAUUUGCAUGGGUCGCCAAUCUCUUCAUCUCCAGUCCUAUUUUGGCACAGCAGAUGCUCGAUAUCAUGUUGUCCAACGUUAGCAUCGCAACCAAUUGGAGUCCUUUGGAUAUUCCCAUCAGUGACACUACGGGUGACGCACUUCAAAUGAUUGUCUACAUGUCGAUCGCACUCUCAGUCUAUCCUGCAUUUUUCGCACUCUACCCAAGCAAUGAGCGGCGCAGGUUCGUCCGUGGUUUACAAUACUCAAAUGGUGUUCGACCGUUCCCACUCUGGAUAGCCUACCUCUUGUUUGAUCUGAUCAUUGUCCUGGUUAGCACAGCCAUCGUGGUGGCGAUAUGGGCUGUUGUCUCCGAUAUCUGGUUCAACAUUGGUUACGUCUUCCUCGUCUUGUUCCUCUACGGAAUAGCUUCGACGCUCUUUGCGUACCUUAUCUCUCUCUUCACCAAAACACAACUUGGAACGUACGCCUGGGCAGCUGCGAGUCAGACUCUCAUUUUUGUCGUCUACAUCAUUGCGUACAUGUCGGUGUUGACUUACUCGCCCGUAACUAAGGUUGACAGCUCCCUGCGUCUUGUUCACUUUGUCAUUUCCGCAUUUGCCCCCAUUGGUUCAGCAUUGAAGGCGCUUUUCAUCUCUACAAACCUCUUUUCUACGGCAUGCAAUGGCAAUGAGCUGACAAAGAACCCAAGCGGUAUUUUGUAUUAUGGUGGACCCAUUCUAUACCUCAUCCUCCAAUCACUCAUCUUCUUUGGUCUUUUGAUUUGGCUCGAUACUGGGUCAGCGGGAGCCUCACUCCGAGGUCUUCUCCAGAGAGGGAACAAAGCCGAAUCAGAUGAGGAACAUGUGGACGAAGACAUCAUUGAUGAGCGCGAAAAAGUCACUCGUAACGACGGGAAUGAGCAUGGUCUCCGAGUUAUGCACCUGACGAAGAGCUUCCGUGACAACAUAGCUGUCGACAACGUCACCUUUGGUAUCAAGCGUGGCGAAGUUUUUGCUCUGCUUGGUCCGAAUGGUGCAGGGAAAUCAACAACCAUUUCUCUUAUCAGAGGUGAUAUCAAGCCAGACCGAAAUGGAGGCGAUGUGUUGGUGGAAGAUAUAUCCGUCAACAAGAACCUUGCAGGUGCUCGAGCCAACUUGGGCGUUUGCCCUCAGUUCGAUGCUAUGGAUCAGAUGACGGUACGAGAGCAUCUCGAAUUCUACGCCAAGAUCAGAGGUGUCACCGACAUUGAGCACAAUGUUCGGGCUGUUAUGCAGGCGGUAGGACUCGAGUCGUUUUCUACUCGCAUGGCGCAUGCUCUAUCUGGAGGCAAUAAACGAAAACUGAGUCUAGGAAUCGCUCUAAUGGGCAAUCCCACUGUUGUCCUUCUUGAUGAGCCUUCUUCUGGUCUCGAUGCUGCUUCAAAGCGUGUUAUGUGGAAGACGCUUGAGGCUACAGUCCCUGGAAGGUCGAUUCUUCUUACGACACACAGCAUGGAGGAGGCGGAUGCAUUGGCUGGCCGUGCUGGUAUUCUUGCUCGAAGGAUGCUUGCUCUUGGAACACCAGACAAUCUUCGCCAUCGCUUCGGUGAUGCCUUACAUAUUCAUCUGGUCGCCAAAAGUGCCCCUCGCACUACGCAGGAGGAGAUGGACAGGAUGACAAACUGGAUUCGUCAAACUUUGCCCUCAGCCGAUGUCAAUGAGAAGACGUAUCAUGGCCAGGUCCGCUUUUCAGUCCGUGCUGGCCAAGUCCUCGCAGCAACUUCUGGUCGCAAGGAGGAAGAGAUCACAAGAGACCAAGAGACAGAUCUGAGCCAGAGUGCCAUUGGACACCUAGUUGUGCUGCUGGAGGAGAAUAAGGAACAACUUGGUGUUGGUCACUACAGUGUCAUGCCAACAACGCUGGAUCAGGUCUUCUUGACUAUUGUCGGACAACACAACGUGAAGGAAGAGAACUCAGAAGAGAAGAAGCAAAGCAUCUGGCGCAAGAUCUGGAUGUUUGGAAGGUCAUAGUGCACUUUCAUCAGGGUCGCGGUGUUUGGCGUUGACGAGAGGUUUUGUUGAAUAGAAGUUAUAAUCAUUAUAGCAAAAACUCCUUAGGCUGGAUUUAAGAAUCUCUAAUUGGCGCUUCAGUGAGCAUGUCUUGGUUGACAGUUGCUUGUGCCUUUCUCAUGUCCGCGUAACUCUUCCUUCUCUCCACUGGCAUCAGACAAUGAAACUACUGGCAGCUUCAAUUUUCGGUGAACAUGACAGUUUUAGUUACAUGGUUGUUCUCCAUGCUUUGCUACGGC